UGUAUCUCGAUUUGAUUUUCGGUGGAAAAGCACUGGAUUUUUUUUUGUGUGUCAUGGAGUGUAGAAUGCCAAUAAACAUACUUCUGGUGUGCAUCCUCCUUGGACUCGCCUGUCUGCAGGCUUCGAGCGCUCCAGUUCCCAGGUCGUCUGCAGCUCUGGAUCAGAAGGCAGGGUCUGCAAGUGAUGGAUCUGCCGCCAAGCCAUCGGUCUCCAUUACGGUCAAGAAUUCGACCAAAUUCGAUGCAAUGGCGCCGAGUCAGAGUCAACUUACGAAGCAAAGGACUCGAAAAUCAGCUUCUUCAUCUGGAGCCGACGUUGGAGGAAAUUUAAAAAAAGCGCCGUUCGAUGGGACAGUCCAUCAGAAGCCCAAGAAAGUGAUGAAGGACGUGACUGAAGCUCCCGUCUUGAAGUUGGUUUUACCCACAGACUCUCCGGCGACCAGUGGGGAGCGGAAGCCCUCACGGAGGAAGAGGUCUGCCCAGACCAUAAAUGACGCCUCACAGGAAGAUGCCUCCAGCGCACCCGAACUUGAUCUGAAUCUUAAGAAGUCGAAUGCGACGCCGAUACCCAAAAAGCAACUCGUCGAAAAGGCGAAACGCAGUGCGGGCGCUCAGGCUGGAUUGAAAGAGGUCGAUCAUGUCGGCAGUCCGAGUUCAAAGACUCGUAUUCUUACCGGUCCACAGACUGAUGAAAAUCGCAAGCUACGAAGAAACGUAAAGCAAAUAAACUCAGAACUUCCAGUAGAAUUGAAAGUAAAAAAUGAUAGUAAAUUUGGUAAAAAUGCCAUUGCAAGUAAUGAGGAGGGUCGAACUGAAAAGGCUAAAAGUGAUGAUUUCGAAAUUGGUGACGGUUGGGGUGACGGCGCGAAAAUAAAAUUGAAAAAGAUUUCUUCCGCAGGAAAAAGUACAGAUCUGCCGAACGACUUAAGAAGAGACCAAAAGUCGAAUAAAAAAGUUAUUUCACAGUAUGAUAAUCCGAUGACGGAGAUUGUUGAAGAAGACGAAGAAGAUGAACAACAUGACGAUGAGGAACCAAGAGAAGAAGAAAAUGUCGACAACGACGAAGAAGAAACUGAUGACACCAACGAUGAUGAAGGAAAUGAACGCACAAACAAUGAUGAAGAAGAAAAUGACGCUAUCGACGAAGAAAAAUAUGAAGUCGGUGACUAUCAAGACGAAAAUUUCGUCAUACAUGAUGACCAAUACGAUGCCGAUGAAUCAGAAGAAGGAAAAAUUAUUGAUGAAGUUGGAGCAAUGGAGAAUGAAGGAGAUGCCGAGGAUGAGGCCGAAAGUGAAACGGAGACGAAACCUAAUAAAGAUGAACAUGCCGUUCAAGAUGAGUCAGCUGGCGAAAAAAUUCAGGUAAUUCUAAAAGAAAAUAAAACAACUUGGCACAUCGAGGGCUCAUAG